GCCACGUGACCAAAUCAUCACCUGACCGCUUGCUUACUAUUGCUCCUUCUCUGGGUUAGGGCUGGGCGGCAAGAUGGCGGUGCUCGAGGAAGAGGAGGCGCUGCUGGACGAGGAGCCGUCGCCGGAGAGAGAUGGCUCUCCUCCGCGGAAGCCGAUGUCGGCGUUGUGUGACCCGCAGCACCUGGCUCAUAGGCUGGUGGUCCUGGCGCUCAUGUGCUUCCUGGGCUUCGGCAGCUAUUUUUGCUAUGACAACCCAGCUGCCCUGCAGACUCAAGUCCAAAGGGAUAUGAAACUGAACACGGCUGAGUUCAUGGCAUUGUAUUCCUGGUAUUCCUGGCCCAAUGUGGUCCUCUGUUUCCUUGGAGGCUUUCUGAUAGACAGAGUAUUUGGAAUAAGGUGGGGCACAAUAAUAUUUAGUUGCUUUGUCUGUGUUGGACAGGUGAUUUUUGCUGUUGGCGCAGUAGCCAAUGCUUUUUGGUUGAUGGAAGCUGGCAGAUUUGUAUUUGGGAUUGGGGGAGAGUCCUUAGCAGUGGCCCAAAAUACCUAUGCUGUCAGCUGGUUUAAAGGAAAAGAAUUAAACCUUGUGUUUGGACUGCAGCUCAGCAUGGCUAGAAUUGGGAGCACUGUGAAUAUGAAUAUUAUGGGAUGGGUGUAUUCCAAAGCUGAAGAUUUGCUGGGUUCUAAAGGUCACACUACCCUUGGCAUAGCACUUUUGAUAGGUGGUGUGACAUGUAUCUUUUCACUAAUCUGUGCUCUCAUUCUUGCUUAUCUGGAUAGAAGAGCAGAGAAAAUCCUUUGUAAAGAGCAGGGGAAAACUGGUGAUGCAAUUAAGUUAACUGAUGUGAAAGACUUCUCAUUGUCUCUCUGGCUCAUAUUUAUUGUCUGCGUCUGUUACUAUGUAGCUGUCUUCCCUUUCAUUGGACUUGGAAAGGUUUUCUUCAUUGAAAAAUUUAAAUUUUCUUCUCGAGAAGCAAGUGCAAUCAACAGCAUUGUAUAUAUCAUAUCGGCACCACUAUCCCCUGUCUUCGGAUUCCUAGUUGAUAAAGUUGGAAGGAAUGUUACCUGGGUUAUAUGUGCUGUAGUGAUUACUCUAGCUUCUCACAUCAUGUUGGCCUUUACUUUCUGGAACCCCUGGAUUGCCAUGUGUUUUCUGGGAAUAGCUUAUUCUCUCCUUGCCUGUGCCUUGUGGCCUAUGGUGGCAUUUGUGGUCCCUGAACACCAGCUGGGGACUGCUUAUGGCUUCAUGCAGUCAAUCCAGAACUUGGGCCUAGCAAUCAUUGCAAUUGCAGCUGGUAUGAUACUGGAUUCUCGUGGGUAUCUGUUCCUAGAAAUCUUCUUCAGUGCUUGCUUAUGUUUGUCACUCAUAGCUGUUGUCAUGCUGUACUUCGUGAAUCAUUUCCGAGGAGGUGAUCUUAACUGGUCUGCAAAAAAAAGGGAGAAGUUGCAGAAGUUAGCUCUUGCUGAAGCAGAAAGACGGGAAAAAAUCAGACGUCAAAAUGAAGAUGACUUAGCCAAAUUGCAACCAAAGAAUGACUUUAGUUUGAGGAAUAGGUAUCUCUCCAGAUUAGGUGCUCAGCUACCAGACAACUGUGUUUGCCAUUUAUCUGCACUGGCACACAGAAGUGUGUUGAAGUAGCAGAGUUGUCAAGACAUGGAAAUGCAAACUGUCAUUUUAUACAACACAGGACCUCACUCUUCUAUAGCAGAGAGCUGCCUAUAAAACAUAAAUAUUAAUUAAUCGUCAGGAAAUAAGCCGCCAUGAGACAGCUGGUCAAAAAUCAUAGCUGAUUUUUAAAAAGAUGUUAUGUUUCAACUAUGUGCCAAAGUCUGUGGAACUGGGAUGGAUGCAUUUACACCUAUGUGCUACUGUUGGCAGCUUUUUUUUUUUUUUGCUCAGAAUCCAUAUGUGGUUACAGUUUCCUGUUGCAAUGUUAAGCAAAAGGCAGCUUGAGUUUGGAGUAAGAUCUCAUAAAAUAUGAAUGUUGGAUCAAAGCAACACAUGCUAACCUAGGUAUCUAUAUAACCAUAUUCUUAUCUUGCAUUGGACCUCUUUGUUUACAUUCUUUAUUUCUUUCACUGUAAGAAAGGGAAGCAAUAGAACUUAAUUUGCUAGACAAUUUCUGUGAAAUUUUUAGCUUUUAUCAAAAGCACUCUGCUUAAAAGUAGCUGUCUUUAAAAUAGCAUUAAUUUAAGAUAUUUACUUUUCAUUGGCACAAAAAAGGAAAAGGUUGACAUUUCCUAUGGAAAUAGCUCAAUAUGUAUUUUGUACUUAUCAAGGCAGUUGUAGUAAUUUCAUGGGGGAAAUGGUAGAACUGACCAGUUCCAGUUGAUUGCAAUAAGAACAGCUGGGGUUACUUAUGUGGCCAUACAUAAAAUGGAUUUGUAGUCGGUGAGAAACAGAUCUUGGGGUCUGCUUGAGGUUCCGCUGCCGCAGAAACAUUUUAGUGCAGGGCUGUACAGCUUCGUUCCUCCUGCAGGUGUUGGACUACAACUCCCAUCAUUUGUUACUAUUGGGCACUGGCUGGGGGUGAUGGGAGAUGUAGUCCAACAGCUGGAGGGCCAAAGUGGUACAGCCCUUUUUCAAUGUAAAACUGGUCCUAGCUUGAUAGUGCUGCAUUUCUAACAGUGCUGUCUUUGUUGUAUUGACUAUUGCUAGCAAUUUCAGUUAGUACAUGUACCUUUUAACUUGGAUGGUAUCUUGAACACAAAGUAUAAAAUGAAUUGUGAGCAAACUGCUCUCCUUAGUUGUCCAUUUAGUUUUGAUGCUGCCUAACUUUUAAAUGGCAAAUAACCCGUGGUGCCCAUAGUCUGGGUGACUCUGGGCCAGUCACUUCUCUCUCAGCCUAACCUACUUCACAGGGUUGUUGUGAAAGAGAAACUCAAGUAUGUAGUACACCGCUCUGGGCUCCUUGGAGGAAGAGCGGGAUAUAAAUGUAAUAAUAAUAAUAAUAAUAGUCUGUAACUUGUGAUCCUGUUGACAGCAUAUGAAGACAGAAGUUCUCAUAUAAAUAUAAUACUGUGCAUACUUGAACAAAAGUUAUUUGUUUAAAAGCUAGAACUAGUGUGUGUCCUGACGCUUGGAAUAUCAGAAAGCCAUGUGGAUGCAUUUUUAAAUUGAAUUUCAUUUGAGAAUGUUCCAUAUUUUAGUGGAAAUCUGCAAAUUAUCAGUUGAUACACUAUUUCCAGUUUACUUGUAAAUGAUUCUUCCUCUUCCCCUUUCAGAAAAUAAAGCAAAACAAACAAAA